AUGGGAGGUUCCAUUGGAGUCGGUCUGCUCGGUCUUGUCCUGUCUGUGACUGCUCAAUGUAGUUUAUCGCCGGGUGACUCUAACUACAGAAUUGACGUCCACUCACAUGCUGUGCCAGACGUAUGGCGCGCUGCACUCGUCCAGGCUGGAUAUCCCGUCAAAAAUGGGACACUUUAUACGGACGGCUUCCCUGUGUCUAACUGGACUUUGGAAGGGCACCUCGAAGCGAUGACUGCUAAUAGCGUCAACUAUACGACAUUGAGUAUUAGCGCUCCUGGUGUUACGUUUCUGGCACACGAUGCUACCAAAGCCAAGAAUUUGGCUCGCAAGGUCAACUUGGCUAUGCAUCAAUACACCCAACAGCACCCUGAAAAACUGGGUGCAAUGUGCCUGCUGCCUCUCCCUCAUGUCAAAGGAGCUAUUGCUGAGAUUAAGUUCUGUUUGGAUACUUUGGGCUUCGACGGGGUAGGUAUGUAUACCAAUUCUAAUGGCACUUAUCUCGGCGACUCUUCUUUGGAUCCGAUUUUCGAACUUCUGCAAGAGCGCAAUGCCACCGUUUUCGUCCACCCAGCUGCUCCGGGCUGUGAGUCUGCCGGUAUGGGAUGGCCCUCACCAAUGACCGAAUAUCCGUUCGACAGCGUUCGUGCCAUGGAGAACAUGCUCUUGAGUGGCCAACGUGCAUCGUACCCGAAUGUGACCAUGAUAUUUCCUCAUGGCGGCGGUGCAAUGCCUUAUCUCGCCACCCGCAUUGCUGGCAUGUCUUCUCUACCAUUUUUAGGUGGCUUGUCUGUGCCCGAGUCUCUUGCUCAGCUUGCGGGUUACUACUUUGAUACUGCUUCAGCCACCUCAGCCAUUCAAUUGAAUGCCAUGAAAUCUUUCAUUGGCAUAGAUCGUAUAUUGAUCGGCACAGACUAUCCUUACGUGCCUGUGGCUCAGUCUGAACCGGCCUUGGCGGCUAUCCAGACCAACGGCAAUUUUACCAGCACCGAAAUGGCGCAAAUCAACAGCAAGAAUACCCUGUCUGUCUUCCCUCGUAUAUCCGCGAAAUUGGGGUGGUAG